AUGGCAACACUAUUACUGAUUACUACGUGGAAUGCUUGAAUUUUGGAAAACAUAGUUGUCAAUUCAUCUUGUAUUGUAUCAGGAUUUGGUUGCUAAAAUGUUGGACUUUGUGGUGAUAUUUACAAAAGGCGGCAUAGUACUUUGGAAUUCAAAUACCUCUGGACAAAAUUUCUCAUCAUGCAUCAAUAGUUUGAUACGUGGCGUCAUUUUAGAGGAACGCAAUACAGAGUCCAAGUACUUCGAGGAGGAUCAUCUGGCCGUGCAAUUUAAACUAGACAAUGAAUUGGAUUUAGUCUAUGCUGCAGUCUUUCAAAAGGUGAUAAAACUUAAUUAUUUGGAUGGAUUUCUGAGUGAUAUGCAGUUGGCGUUCAAAGAGAAAUUCGGUGAUAUAUCGGCCGGCGAACGUCUGGAUAAUGACUAUGACUUUGAACAGGAAUUUCGGCGAGUUCUUAGCAGCGCCGAACAGGCAUCUGCCAAGGUCCUUAAGGCCCCAAAGGCCAUGCGCUCAUACAAUGAAUCCCAGAAAUCAAAGAAAACAGUUGCAUCCAUGAUUGAGAAUCCCGACAAGGAUAAGGCCAAAAAGCCAGUUGUGGAGAAGCGUGUAAACAUACAGGAGAGUCCAGAGCCAUCAUCGCCGCCACGGUCCAAGGAGGAUAUUAUUCAAGAGAAUCGUCGCAAGAUGAGGGAGAAAUUGACACCCACCAAAAAGUCCACAAAUUCUUCAGCUCCCUCACCAGUUGAAAGCCGCCCAGAGAAGGCUGGCAAAAAGCCAAGAGUCUGGGACUUAGGUGGCAGCAACAGAGAUGCUGUCCUCCUGGACCGUUCUAAGGAUACGCCCGAGGAUGUUCAAUAUCAGACAAUCAACAACGAUCUGGUGGGCACAAUGCAGGGUGGCAUUAGAGAUCUGGACGUGGAAAGCGCUGAUGAGGAUGAGGAUACUGGCUACAAGACCGAAGAAGACCAAGAGGAGGAGGAGGAGGAUAAUAGCAGCAGAAAUAAAAAGAAACGUGGUGGCUUACUCUCCUAUUUCAAAGGUAUUGUCGGAGCCAAGACAAUGUCACGUGAGGACUUGCAACCGGCUUUGGAGAAGAUGCGAGAUCAUCUGAUAUCAAAGAACGUCGCAUCCGAGAUAGCAAUUAAAUUAUGCGACUCAGUCGCCACAAGCCUGGAGGGCAAGCAAAUGGGUACAUUUGAUAGUAUAGCCACAUUGGUCAAGGAGGCACUUACUCAAUCGCUAGUGAGAAUUUUGUCACCCAAACGCCGCAUUGACAUCAUACGCGAUGCAUUGGAAUCGAAGCGCAAUGGCAAACCCUAUACCAUCAUUUUUUGCGGUGUCAAUGGAGUGGGUAAAUCUACAAAUCUGGCCAAAAUAUGCUUUUGGUUAAUUGAGAAUGACUUCAAUGUUUUAAUCGCUGCUUGCGAUACUUUCCGUGCUGGAGCUGUGGAACAGUUGCGCACUCACACGCGGCAUUUGAAUGCCCUGCAUCCGCCGGCCAAACACAAUAAUCGCUCCAUGGUCCAAUUGUAUGAGAAAGGCUAUGGCAAGGAUGCGGCUGGCAUUGCAAUGGAGGCCAUAAAAUAUGCUCACGAUACGAAAGUCGAUGUCGUCCUGGUAGAUACCGCUGGCCGUAUGCAGGACAAUGAGCCCCUGAUGCGUUCUCUAUCCAAGCUUAUCAAGGUUAACAAUCCGGAUCUGGUUUUAUUUGUUGGCGAAGCUCUUGUCGGCAAUGAGGCUGUCGAUCAGUUGGUUAAAUUCAAUCAAUCCCUGGCCGAUUACUCCUCCAAUGAAAAUCCUCACAUCAUUGAUGGCAUUGUUCUGACGAAAUUUGAUACAAUUGAUGACAAAGUCGGCGCAGCCAUUUCCAUGACUUACAUUACCGGCCAGCCGAUUGUAUUCGUUGGCACAGGUCAGACUUAUGCCGAUCUGAAAGCAAUCAAUGUGAAUGCAGUGGUCAAUUCCCUGAUGAAGUGAGGAGAUGCAUCCCAUCCCAUCCCAUCCACUUCCGGAGCAAUUUCGAUUCACCGCCAUCUUUUCGAUUUUUCUUACUCAAAUUUUAUCCCUUUUGUUUAAAUCAAAUAUAUUGUCCAUUUUGUUGUUUUUUUUAGUAA